AUGCAAGAAGACCUCACUUUCGAAGAACGCGAGCGCCGCCGCGAGUGGAACCGCUCGCCACUGAAGGAUCUCUUCCUACGCAUCCCGGCCGAAUCGCUAGAAAUAAUACUGAACAAGGCCAUCGACAAACCUUUUGCGUAUAACCUCUCCGAAUCAAAGCUCUGGAACUCGCGUCGACUGACUUCGAUCGUCGUGGCGCAUGUUCGACACGCUCGUAGUGACUACGACAAGCUGCUAGCCGAGGGCGUAGAAAGGUUCGAGGCUCGCGACCAGACCAAGGAUGCGGUAUGGAAGGUCUUGAGGGAGUGGUGUCCGUGGGAUGACUCGAACCCGUGUCUGGAGAGAUGUUGGAAGGCCACGCUGAUCAGGCCUGAGGAGCGGGUAGCUGGCGUGUGGGAUCCGAUGGAUAUCGAUGAUGAGUCCGAGUUCGAGGACGAUCCUAUGGAUAUUGACUGA